AAAUUUGGUGUCGUGGUACGAGCUCGAGUCGUGAAAUUGUAUCAUUUGGGGUCGUUGGCUUCUUCAAGGUGCAUCGACAAGGGUUUGGUUCAUCGGUGGUGAAGUCAGUCCCUCGAUUUUGCUGCUUCUCGUUUCGUCUGAUUUUUUUGGAUUAAAUGGUGUGAGAAGCCGCGGGUUUUUAACAGAGUUAGGGCUGCGAGUAGAGUGGGAAGAUGGAUCAGUUGAGGAAAGAGCUCGAGCGGAAGCGCAAAGCGUUCGAUGAGAACUUCAAGGGGCGGAAGUUUGUGAAGCGCUCGGAGAUUGAACAGAAGAACUUGGAGAGAAUCAGGGAGGAGGAAAAGGUAGAGCAGCUCGCGAAGGAGGUGAAAGCUAGGUCUGGUUCUCAAGAUCCUUCGUCGCAGAAUUCAGACAAGUCGCCAUCUUCGCUGCCUGUUGCCGCCAAGGGCUCGCAAAAGACGAAGGAAAAUCCUACGGAGGAGGAGUUGCUCGAUGAGUUGGUGCUUCCGAAGUCGGAAGUAAUUCGACGACUUCGGCUUUUGAGACAUCCCAUUACUUUGUUCGGCGAGGAUGACGAUCAAAGAUUCGCCAGAUUGAAAGCGCUACUGAAAGCCGGAGUGACUGAUACUGACAGCGAGUUAAUGGAAGGACAACGAAAUGAUUUUUUGAGGGAUAUUACGGAGCUCAGGAAGAGGGAGAAACACGGACGCUAUGAAACGAAGAAAGACAAGAACAAGGAGAGGGACAGAGAUGGAUUGGAUGACGAGGGAAAAGAUGGAGGUGCUGCUGGAGAGCUGGAAAUGAACGGGGAAGGCGGUUCAUCUGGUAUUGAGAAUGACAAGGACUCUAAGCGUCUCAAGAGCAACUUCGAUGAUCUCAGCGACGAGGACAAAAUCCUGGUGUUUUUCAAGCGAUUGUUGCAGGAAUGGGAGCAAGAGUUGGAAGACAGGCCUGAGGCUGAGAAGAGAACAGGACGCGGCAAGUCAAUUGUUGCCACAUUCAAGCAGUGUGCACGUUACCUGAAGCCGCUCUUUAAAAUGUGCCGGAAGAGGAUGCUUCCAGAUGACAUCCGGCAGGCCUUGAUGAUUGUUGUCAAUUGCUGCCUCAAAAGAGACUACCUUACGGCAAUGGAUCAGUACAUCAAGCUUGCUAUUGGUAACGCACCGUGGCCCAUUGGAGUCACUAUGGUUGGUAUUCACGAGCGUUCUGCUCGGGAGAAGAUUUACACCAACAGUGUGGCACAUAUUAUGAAUGAUGAAACAACAAGGAAAUACUUACAGUCUAUUAAGAGGUUGAUGACACUAUGUCAAAGGAGAUAUCCGUCUGCUCCGUCGAAAUCUGUGGAAUUUAACAGUCUAGCAAACGGUAGUGAUCUGCAGUCUCUUCUGUCUGAAGAGAGGGCUAAGACAGGUAGUCAUGUUGCAGAUGAGAGGUUGCGGCUGAUGGCUGCUCCUGCUGAGGAUGCCGUUUAGAGAACUCAUUUAUGUAGUCUUGCAUAACACCUUCCGUUCAAGAAAGGCGUGUGUACCAUAGAAUCAGAGAAAGAGGUUGUAAUAUAAACAUCGGGGUUAUGAUUAUCACCAGCUUUUACUUCUGGAUGUGAUGAUUUUUUUAGGACGAGUAGACUAACGCCGAUACUGGCCCCACUUUUAUCUUUCAUAUGGAAAAAGGGCCUGUUUCAG